UCGUCUUCUCCUCUACACUUCUCUAAACAAACGACUACAUCAAAAGUCUGAAUCUUUUGAACAUCACGCAUAAUCUAAUCUUAAUCCCAAUUAAACAACCCAACAAUACAAUCUCGUUAGAAGAAAAUUUUCUUUUUCUCGCUCUCUUUACUCUUACUUUCUCUUUCUCCAAAUCCAUUCUCGAUUUGUCUGUCAAUUGAGUUCUUUACCCUGAAUUUGUUCCAGGUAUGCGUGAUUUCUUUUCACUAAAAUUCGUGACCUUUAUCGGUUGAUCCAUUGAAAUUGGGUAGUUUUAUUUUCUCUAUAAUAUUGUUUUACUUGGGCGAUUGAAUCAUUUACAUGAUGCCGUUGCUUCAUUUCUUCAAAUUCUCAUCCGGGUAUGUGUGUAAAUUGAUUAUAUUUGGUUAACUCUAUCUCGGGUUUGCAUUUUCAUGAUCCCAUUACUUUAGCUAGCUCCAAAUUGCCAUCUGGGCAUGCUUGAUUUCCUUCAGUAUCUCAGCUAAUAAGCUGGAUUUGUUUUAUCAUGAACAUAUAUGCUAAUAGUCCCAAGUCUUUUAAUGCAUAUCCAAGAGGUGAUUUUGAUUUAGAAUCAGGAACUAUCAAAAGACUCCGGAAGUCGAAAAAAUCCUCACUUAACCCCUUCAAAAUGCUCAAAUCUCUGGCUAACAGGCUACAAUACUAUUACAAGCUGCACCCACUUAUUGUAUUCAUCAUUUCCUUGUCUUUGGGCAUCACUAUUCUUGUUGUUCUUGCUCUGUAUGAGAGCCGGUAUAGAACAAUGAAUAGUUAUCCAAAAUUGGUUAUGGCUAAGAAUGAUUACCCUUUCGCCAAGCUUAAAAAUCUUGUAAUGGUUGCUGGGCAUUCAGUGUAUACCAGUAAUAGUUGUGGGAAAGUUGAUAAGGAGGAUUCCUGGUUUUUGGAGUCUUAUCAGAGGCAUCCUGGUCAGGCUGCUACUUUUAUUACUCAUAUACAAGAGGGAGUUCAAAUUGCAGCAAAGGAUGAUGAGGCUUUACUUUUGUUUAGUGGAGGUGAGACUCGAAAAGAUGCUGGUCCUCGUAGUGAAGCACAGAGUUAUUGGACUGUUGCUGAAUCAAAAGGAUGGUUUGGCAAUGAAGAAAGUGUCAGAUGGAGGGCAUUGACAGAAGAACAUGCAAGAGAUAGCUUUGAGAAUCUUCUCUUUAGUGUGUGCAGGUUCCGAGAGCUUACUGGAGCAUAUCCUCAAAAUAUAACUGUUGUUAGUUAUGAUUUCAAGAAAGACAGAUUUGCACACCUGCAUCGUUCUGCAAUUGACUUUCCAGAAUCGAGGUUCUUUUACUCUGGAACUCCGGCAUCAUCAACUUCCAAAGAAGCAGCUUUGAAAGGUGAGGCAUUGGUGAGGGCCCAAUUUCAAGAAGAUCCAUAUGGAUGUCGAGGUUCACUUUGGCGUAAAAAACUUGGUCGUGAUCCCUUUCAUCGUUCUAUACCUUAUCCUAAUGGUUGUCCUGAAAUUGAAGGCUUGUUCAGAUACUGUGGAGCAGCUCUUUAUCAAGGGUCCCUCCCUUGGGUUUAGCACUAUUAACCGUUAUUUCUUGUUAGGAUCGUAUAGGUAUAGGAUAAACCAGCCAAAAAGUCUUACAGAGAACAUUUUCUUGGCCUUGAUAAUGUUUUGUUUCCCUGUUCUCUUCCGUAUAAAAAAAGCAAUAUUUCUUUCGUUCCAA